CCAGGCUGGGCGUGCCACCUGUGCCGGGUCAGGAGCAGCUGUGCUUUUGGUGGGUCCCUCUGCAGCCAGAACUAGUGUUACUGCUCGGUGAUAGAAAGGCCGGCCCAUUCCUGCAGCCAUGAACAUCGUCCUUUCCAGAGAUAGCCAAGUGAGGAUCAUGGAGAACACAGUAGCCAACGCAGAGAAAUAUUUCGGCCAGUUCUGCACGCUGAUGGCCUCCUACGCCAGGAAGACAGCCAAGCUGCGGGACAAGUCAGAUCUCCUGGUGAAGCAGCUCAUCGACUAUGCGAACACCGAGAACCCUGAGCUGCGAAGCACCAUGAAGAACUUUGCUGAGGAGCUGGCCAAAGUGCAGGACUACAGGCAGGCAGAGGUGGAGAGACUGGAAACGAAGGUUGUGGAGCCACUGAAACGGUACGGAGUCCAGCUCAAGCAGACACAGGCAGAGAUCAAGAGGUUCAACAAAGUCCGAAACAAUGAGAUAAAGCAACUGGAGAAACUGGAGAGACUGCGGCAGAAGUCGCCCUCAGACCGACACACACUCUCCCAGGCUGAGUCAAAUGUGCACAAAGCCUCAGUAGACGCCAGCCGCACCACCCAGCAGCUCGAGGAAACCAUCGACGAGUUCCAGAAACAGAAACUGAAAGACAUCCAGAAGAUUUUCUCGGACUUUGUCACCAUCGAGAUGGUUUUCCACGCCAAGGCUCUCGAGGUCUAUUCCAGCGCCUUCCAAAACCUGGACAAUUAUGACUUCGAAAGAGAUAUGGAGGAUUUCAGAGCGAAGAUCCACAUUGCUUCUGGAAACUACGAUGCCAGGCCAAUGAGCGCCACACACCCUUCCUCCACCCUGCCAUGGUCCGCCAACAGCCAGAGCGUUCGGAGCACUCUACAGAGGCAAGAAGACAGUGAAGAAGACUCUGAAGAGAACAUAGUGCAGGAUUUCAGCAAUCCAGAAUAUGCACGGAUUAGACGGUAAUUGGACAGUGGGAUUAACCAGCCACACUCAUGAGAGCUGGAUGUAUUUAUUCCUAAUUCCACUGUAUCUACCCUUAUUGAACCUUAGAUUUUCCAUGAAUGCAAGGAACUCCCAAUGAGGUUCUUAAGCCAUUUGGAGCCUAUGUAAAUGCAUUGUUCCCAAGCACUGAGGUGGCUCUAAUUCGGAGACUGAUUCUUAGUACUAGAGGGGAACCAAAAGGCUUAUUUGCAAGUUGAACAUCCUCUGGGAAAGCAUGCGGGGUGGACUGUCUGUUGGCAUGACUCUGUGUUAUUACAAACCAGCAACAGACCUCAGGUUACAUGACAUCGUGCAUGUACAUCAUGCACUGAACGAGUGAGUUCCAUAUGAACAAACAAAACUCGCUGGCUGAAGUUUGGGAAAGCAAACUUGUACCCAACUCCCAGGAACAGUAUCCUCUGGGGGAUGCAUCUCCCACAACUGGGUGGGAUUUCUGAAGAAACAAAACCCUCAUCUAUCUACUCAAAAUAGCCACUUUAAAGGCAGGUAUGAAUCUCUCACCAAUCAGAUGAGUAAGAAUCACAGCUCACUUCCAACUAAUGUAUGUCGUCUUCUUUACGGAGUUCUGUCUAUAAGUCUUUCCAAUGGGCACAUCCCAGUAGCAUGCAGGAUACCAAUGUUACACUGUAGGAUAUUGAUGAUGUCAGAAGUAUAAUUUCAUUUUCCCACUACUUUAAUUUUACCUACUGAUUAAUUAAGAGUGUAAAUAUGGUUAGCUCAGAGGGCGUUACCAUGUAGUUGUCAGUCAUUCGCUCUUUGCCGUAAUUGGCUAUUUCCAUGUGACAUAAUAA